AUGGCUUCGUCCACAGAUGAAGAAUUUAAGGAAAAAUUGCUAUGGAAUGUGAAACGAGAGGUGAAGCAGAUUAUGGAGGAGGCCGUGACAAAGAAGUUUGUGCAUGAGGACAGCAGCCACAUCAUCGCUCUUUGUAGCACCGUCGAGGCUUGCUUGAGCCACAUGCUUAAGCGUCGUGCUGCAGGCUUCCUCCGCAGCGACAAGAUCGCAGCCCUCUUCACCAAAAUCGGCAAAGUCCACGCCACGACCGCCGAGGUGUGCCGUAAGGUCCAGGAGCAGCUCCAGCAACAGGCUGACAUCACCAGGAGAGCCCAGAGCACAGGUCAGGAACCCCUCAGGAGGCAGGGCUCCACGGCAGGUAGAGGCCCCCAGCCGCUCUCCGCCCAGGCAAUCAAGCACAUCUGGGUCCGCACGGCCCUCUUUGAGAAGGUUCUGGACAAGAUAGUACAGUACAUCGUAGACAACUCCAGUAAGUAUUAUGAGCGGGAAGCACUGAUGCAUGACUCAGUUUUCGGGCCCAUCCUUGCUGCUCUUCUAGUGGGGCCCUGUGCUCUGGAGUAUACCAAGCUGAAGACAUCCGAUCAUUUCUGGACGGACCCGUCGGCCAAUGAGCUGGUCCAGAGACAUCGAAUCCAUGGAGCGCACCGAGGACAGGAGGCUUCACCCAGCCGCAGGCCAGCGCUGGGGAUCCGUAAGAGGCAGUCCAGCGGGAGCAUGUCUGAAGAUAAGUUUGCAGCGUCUGCCCGUGAGUACGUGGAGUCACUGCACCAGAACUCACGUGUUCACCUGCUUUAUGGAAAGAACAACGUGCUAGUCCAACCGAAGAAGGACAUGGAGGUGCUGAGGGGUUACCUGUCCCUGCACCAGGCGGCAGAGAACCUCACACUGAAGUGGACCCCUAACCAGCUUAUCAAUGGCACCUUGGGGGACUGUGACCUGGAGAAGAGUAUUUAUUGGGAUUACGCAUUGAUUGUGCCUUUAAGACAGAUCGUCUGCAUUCACUGUCACCAGCGACCCGACUGUGGUGGGACGCUGGUGUUGGUGAGCCAGGACGGGAUCCAGCGUCCUCCCUUGCACUUCCCUCCUGGGGGACACCUGCUGGCCUUCCUGUCCUGUCUGGAGACAGGUUUACUGCCCCGGGGUCAGCUGGAGCCCCCACUCUGGUCCCAGAAAGGCAAGGGAAAAGUCUUCCCUAAACUGAGAAAGAGGAAUAGCACAGCCAGGCUGUUGGAGCAGGAUGUGGAGGGGGAGGAACAGGUGGCAGCAGACUACGUUUUCCGCAUCGUGUACCCGGGGCACCGACACGACUCCAUCACUAUUAACUACCACCACACCACGGGCAGUCGCGCGCCCUCCCUGGAUGAUGACGAGGAGGAGGAAGAUAGACUUCACGCAAUGAUCUCAAUGAUCUGCUCGCGGAACCUCACAGAUCCUAAUGUCAUGAAAGACCAUGGAGAUAUGAUGGAGAUGCAGGGCUUUGGAGGCAGUCCGUUGUCAUGGCAGCAGGGCGAAUGCGCCAGCCAAGUGUCGUCCUGCCUGUCCUGCUCCACCGGGGGCAGCAACGCGUCUGUUGAGCUCCCUGCCGGCUGCACCUGCAUCCACAACCGUAUUCCACUGAAGAUGCUGUGUCAGAACAUGAAGCGGCAGAUAGUGUCCAGAGCGUUUUACGGCUGGUUAGCUUACUGUCGUCACCUGUCCACUGUGAGGACACACCUGUCGGCUCUAGUCAACCACAACAUCGUUCCUCCGGACAAACCCUGUGAGGCAUCGGGAGGGCUCAGCAAAGAUGUGUGGAGCAAAUACCAAAAAGACUGCAAAAACUACAAGGAGCUAGAGCUGUUACGACUGGUGUACUACGGCGGAGUGGAGCAUGAGAUCAGGAAGGAGGUUUGGCCUUUCCUGUUAGGUCACUACAAGUUUGGAAUGGGAAAGAAGGACAUGACACAGAUCGAUGAGAGGAUUACGGCACGAUAUCAGCAGGUGUUAAGGGAAUGGAAAGCGUGCGAGGUCAUCGUGAAGCAGCGCGAGAAGGAGAUGCAGUCGGCGAUUUUUUCCAAGCUGUCGUCGGGAAGCAGCAUCGACAGCCACGUCCUACGGCUCAUGCACAGAGACUCCACCAUCAGCAAUGAGGUGUUUAUGUCAGUAGACGAACCUGAGGCAGGAGGUCAGGACACUCCCGGAGGGAGCGACAACACUCCCACUCUGACCACAGUGGUACCUCCUGCUGCUUUGGCUCCUGACGAGAGACCCCUGGUUGAGUUCGACUCCCCAGACUCGGGCCUCCCCUCCUCACGCAACUACUCCGUGGCCUCUGGUCACUCCCAGAUUCUGUCCAGUAUAGAAGAUGGACAGAGUCUGGAAGAGGAACCAGGUGAGGAGGUGCAGGCUCAAGGCGUGCAAGUGGAGCAAAGUACGCAGGAGUCUCUGAAUGAGGAGAAACUGUGCAACCAGCUGGAUAAACUGGCAACCAACACAGAAGGCGUCCCUCCGUCCUUCUCCUCCUACACGAUUGAGCUGUUGGACACGGUGGCCCUGAACCUGCACAGGAUAGACAAGGACGUGCAGCGCUGUGACCGCAACUAUUACUAUUUCACCAGCAGCAACCUGGAGAAACUGCGCAAUAUAAUGUGCAGUUAUGUGUGGGAGCAUUUAGAGAUGGGGUAUGUCCAAGGAAUGUGUGACCUGUUAGCACCUCUCAUGGUCAUUUUGGAUGAUGAGUGCCUGGCCUACAGCUGUUUUACUCAGCUGAUGAAGAGGAUGAGUCAGAAUUUCCCCAGUGGAGGGGCCAUGGACACUCACUUUGCCAACAUGAGGUCCUUGAUACAGAUCCUUGACUCUGAGUUAUUUGAGCUCAUGCACCAGAACGGAGACUACACACACUUCUAUUUUUGUUACCGCUGGUUCUUGCUGGACUUUAAGAGAGAGCUGCUGUAUGAAGAUGUGUUUGCAGUGUGGGAAGUGAUCUGGGUUGCUCCACGCAUCUCAUCCAAACACUUUGUCCUCUUCAUUGCCUUGGCUCUGGUGGAGGUGUACAGGGACAUCAUCCUAGACAACAACAUGGACUUCACAGACAUCAUUAAAUUCUUCAACGAAAUGGCUGAGCGACAUGAUGUGCAGCAGAUCUUGCAGCUGGCCAGGGAACUGGUCCACAAAGUUCAGACGCUGAUAGAGAAUAAAUGA